AUGGUUGCCGAUCUUGGCAACACCGUCGACUUCUUACAUCGUGUUCGGGCGUUGAAAGUUCGUGGAGCCAAGGGCUAUGUGGGAACGUCGAAUAUCGUAUGGAACUCACUCACAUACAGUCUACACUUUUGCAAAAAUCUGUUGGCUCUCUGGAUAACGGAUUCGGAUGCAGCCAAGGUACACGGAUUGAAUACGAUAAAACGGACCCUCCGGCGGCUGGUCGUUCAUUAUUCUAUGAAUAAUCUCGAGGAUCUUCUAUUGGACAAGGAACAAGUGUUACCGAUAACUGAGCAAGAGCAUUGGCAGUGUUUAGAAGAAGUUGAUUUUUCGUUCAAUGAUCUCAAGAGAAUCGACGAAAGCGUCCGUUUACUCGGUGGUGUACAGAAAUUGAACAUUAGCCAUAAUAGUGUUACGGAAAUCGGUGGAUAUUUGCAACAUCUUACUUGUCUUACGGAACUGGACUUGUCAUCGAACGGUAUAACGUCAGUACAACAUUGGAAUCAGUUAUUGGGAAAUUUGAAAAGGCUGAUACUUGCAAAUAAUGCCAUUAAGGAUGCCUCAGUGACUCAUUCAGGUCUUUCACGAAUGUACUCGUUGGAGUACCUAGAUUUACGGUACAAUGCUAUCGAGACAUUGGAUUCAGUUUAUCCGUUGGGAUCAUUACCAUGUUUGGAAGCUCUACAUCUGAAAGGAAAUCCGAUUCGAAAGAUUGUCGAAUACCGAACACGUCUACUAGAGGGAUUCGGAGAGAGAAGUUGGGAGGUGAAGUUAGAUGGAAAAGCGCCGGAUGAUCGUGAACGCGAUACAAUUAGACUUCGAAUGGCUUUGCGUCGUGCAAGAGAAGAGAAAGAGGAAAAAGAGAGAAAGCGGAGAGAGAAGAUAGAGGAAAGAAUACGGUAG